GACCAUGUGUUUGGCGUGAUGAGGACCACUGAGAACUUCGCUGAGCCUACUGCCACGCCAAGCCCCGGCAGGACCCCCAAGGAAAGGUUCAUUUAUCUGGAAGCGCUCCUGGAGGGAGGGGCUCCCUGGGGCUUCACUCUGAAAGGUGGCCUGGAACACGGAGAACCAUUAAUCAUUUCCAAGAUCAAAGAAGGAGGAAAAGCUGACUUGGUGAGCUCAAGACUGCAAGCCGGAGAUGAAGUUGUGCACAUCAAUGAGGUGGCUCUGAGCAGCUCCAGGAGAGAGGCUGUGUCCCUGGUAAAAGGGUCCUACAAGACCCUCAGGCUGGUAGUGCGCAGAGAUGUGUAUGCAGACCCAGGCCAUGCAGAUCCAAGUGCCUCUAACUCCUUCAACCCAGAGCAGCUCACCUCUGGCCCCCAGCACAGGAAAGCAACGUGGUCAGGAGGGGUGAAACUUCGGCUGAAGCAGAGGCGCAGUGAACCUGCAGGUCGCCCUCACUCGUGGCAUACAACCAAACUCGGGGAGAACCAGCCUGAUGCCAGCAUGAUGCAGAUAUCUCCGGGCACGAUGGGCCCUCCUUGGCACCAAAGCUACCAUUCCAGCUCUUCUACAAGUGACCUCUCCAACUAUGAUCAUGCUUAUCUGAGGCAAAGCCCUGACCACUGCAGCUCCCAGGGGAGCAUGGAAAGCCUGGAGCCUAGUGGUGGAUACCCACCCUGUCAUCUUUCUCCUGCCAAGUCUACCAGCAGCAUUGACCAGCUCGGCCACCUCCAUAACAAAAGAGAUUCAGCCUAUAGCUCCUUCUCCACCAGUUCUAGCAUCCUAGAAUAUCCACCUCCCGGUGUCUCCAGCCGUGAGCGUUCAGGCUCCAUGGACACAACUUCUACUCGAGGUGGCCUCCUAGAAGGGAUGAGGCAGGCAGACAUCCGCUAUGUCAAGACAGUCUAUGAUACCCGGAGGGGAGUAUCGUCAGAGUAUGAGGUGAACUCUUCAGCCCUGCUUCAUCAAGGUAGGGAUGCCCAAGCAUCAGCAGAUAGUCAAGGCUGUGAUAAAUGGCAUAGUGUUACUCGGGGCAGGGGAGGGCCAUCACCAUCCUGGAGCCAGCAGUGCCCCAGUUCCUUGGAGAUUGCCACUGACAACCUGCCUCAUAAGGUGGGCGCCCCCCUGCCCCCAACUCGGAGUGACAGUUAUGCAGCCUUUCGGCAACGGGAACGUCCCAGCUCCUGGUCCAGCCUUGAUCAGAAAAGGUUCUGCCGGCCUCCAGCAAACUCCUCAGGCUCCUUGAAACCCCCGUUUAUUGAGGAACAGCUGCAUACUGUCCCAGAGAGGAGUCCAGAAAACAGUCCCCCAGUGAAGCCCAAGCAUAAUUAUACCCAGAAGACACAGCCUGGCCAACCUCUGCUGCCCACUGGCAUCUAUCCUGUACCUUCUCCAGAACCACACUUUGCCCAGGUGCCCCAGGCUUCUCUGAGUAGUAAUGGUACAGUCUACCCUGCUCUGGCCAAGGAGAGUGGCUAUACAACUGCUCAGGGGGCUUGUAACAAGAUGGCUACCUUGGAUGAGAAUGGGAACCAAAAUGGAGCUAGCAGACCUGGGUUUGCCUUCUGUCCGACCCUAGAACAGGACUCACUGUCCUCAGUGGAGAGAAAACCAGAACCCACAGCCAAGUAUGUCCCAUAUAAAGUCCAUUUUUCUUCAGUGCCUGAAAAUGAGGAUUCCUCCCUGAAGAGACAUCUCAUACCUCUCCAAGGCAACAGCCCAUAUCCCAGUGAGAGAAAGAACACCCACAGCAACAGGCCCUGUUCUAAUCACCACAGCCUCAACUCCCCUCAGGUCCAGGCCUUGCAAGUGAGUGAGGACAAGAGACCUUCCAGGCCCUCACAGCCCUGGGAGGGUGACUUCCAGGAAGAUUACAAUGCCAACCUCCAGCAGAAACUAGAGAGAGAAGGCCUAGGUCAGGGCCUGUCAGGCAACUUUGGCAGGACCAAAUCAGCCUUCUCAUCUCUCCAGAACAUUCCAGAGAGUCUAAGAAGACAAAGCAGCCUGGAGCUAGGAGGAGAAGCCCAGGAGGGUUACCCAGGUGGCACACCCAUCUGUGCAGUCAACACCAAGGUAGAGGACCCUGAAAGGAAAGCAGAGCCUGAAAACAGGGGCUAUUCAGACAGGCCUGUUUCCUACUCAAAGCCCGAGGGGAAAGGGAACGCCUCAGCCUCUUUCCACAGUGCAGACCCAAGGUAUGAAGAACCACCUGCCCCACCACACCAGCAGUCAUCCAGUUUGGGCCACCGGAGACUCAGCUCUGGCGGCACCUCUGCCCUGCAAUACAGGAAGCCCCACUGCUCCGUGCUGGAGAAGGUUUCCAAAAUAGAAGAGCGAGAGCAAGGGAGCCACAGGCCCUUGAGUGUGGGCAACUUUAGUUAUGGGCUUAACUACAGGCCCAACAGGACGGGCCCAACUUCCAGUACUUCUGGGGGUGACUUUGAGGAGCCAAAAGCCAGCGUCCAUUUCUCCGAGCCCACUGAGCCUCUGCGCAAUGGGGAGCAGAGCUUCAAAAACGGGGAGUCCAGGUUGGAAGAGGCUUCCUGGCAGCCCUGCGGCCAGCAGCUGAGGAGGGCUACUGAUGGUGGCCGAGGUCCUCCAGGCCGAAGCCGUGAGCCCCCAAGGCCAGACCCCCGCCUGCUCCGCAGCCAGAGCACCUUCCAGCUCUUCAGUGAGGCUGAGAACGAAGCCGUUUGGUCGGAGGAGCGGCCGGGCACGCCCGAGUCCCCCCUACUGGACGCUCCCUUCAGCCGCGCCUACAGGAACAGCAUCAAGGAUGCCCAGUCCCGCGUUCUGGGGGCCACCUCCUUCCGACGCCGGGACCUGGAGCCCGGGACACCCGCGACCUCGAGGCCCUGGCGCCCGCGUCCCGCCUCUGCCCACGUGGGGCUGCGGAGCCCAGAGGCUGCAGUUUCAGCCUCGGCCUCACCGCACACCCCGCGGGAGCGGCACAGUGUGACGCCUGCCGAGGGCGCGGCCCAGCCUGCAGCCCAGGCUGCACGCCGAGGGGCGCGCAGGCGCCUGACGCCGGAGCAGAAGAAGCGCUCGUACUCGGAGCCCGAGAAGAUGAACGAGGUGGGGGUCUCCGAGGAGGCCGAGCCCGAACCCUUGGGCCCGCAGAGGCCAGCGGUGCGCCUGGCCGAGAGCAAGGUGGCCGACCGGCGCCGCAUCUUCGAGCGCGACAACAAGGCCUGCUCCACCCUCAGCCUGUCGGGGCCAGAGCUGAAGCAGUUCCAGCAGAGCGCCCUGGCCGACUACAUCCAGCGCAAGACGGGCAAGCGCCCUACGCCCUGUGGUCCCCCGGAGCCUGGGCUGCGAGAGCGGGCCCAGAGCGUCUACCUUCAGGCUGGCCCUGCGGCUUCCGAAGGCCCCGGCCUGGCCUCGGCCUCCAGCCUGAGCUCGCUGCCCCGCAAAGACAUCACCCACGUGUCUGCGGCGGCCACCGAGGCCCUGCGAGUGCCCCGAGAUCGCAGCAGCUCCUUUGCCGGGGGUCGCCUCCUCGGGGAACGGCGACGGUGGGACCCACAGGCCCCGAGGGAGCUGCCUACUGCGGCUAACUUCGGUCCUAGGGGCACCCAGAGGAUGGACAGCACCCCCGGAGGGCCACCUUCCUGGGGGAUAGUGGCCGGCAAGGCUGGGAAGUCCAUGUCCGCCGAGGAUCUGCUGGAGCGCUCUGAUGCCCUGGCGGUUCCUGUGCACGUGAGGUCCAGGUCAUCGCCCACUGCAGACAAGAAAGGCCAGGAUGUGCUCCUCGGGGAAGGCAGUGGGUUUGGUUUUGUGAAGGAUCUACAUUGUAUGGCUGGCCCUGGAUCUAGGUCUCUCAGUUGUUCAGACAGAGGCCAAGAAGAGCUGCCAUUGCCUCUGCACCAUCCCACCCCUUGUUGGAAUGGCUCAGGCUAUAAAGCCAUUGGGGGUUCCUCAGUUCCUACUGAAUGUCCUGGAGCCACAGACCAUGCAAGGCAAGCUGGCAAAACACCUUGUCCUAGGCCACUGUCAGCAGGAAUGCAAGGUCACCUCUCAGAUGCCAGGGCUGUGUCCCUACCCCCACACAGUUCCCCUCUGCCAUCACCUGUCCCCUCCAGCUACCACUUGCAGCUUGCCACUGAUCAGCAGACUGGAAGGGAUGGUCAGCCAGGGCAACAGCCUCUUGGGCCCUCCUCCUCUGCUGUGACCCACAGAAGCGAUGGCCAUACCUUGACCCAGCCUCCCAGCCCAAGAGGCCAUGAGUUCGCCAGCCCAGAGCAUGGGAUAGAUGACGGAAUGUGGAAGAGGGCCUCACUGCCUCAGCGACUCCCUCCUUGGGUGAAGUGGGCCCACGCAGUGAGAGAGGACAGCCUAUCUGAGGAAGCCUUGGCUUCUGAGUUCACAAACCUGAAGCACUAUAACAAAGUGAUGAGUCUCCCAAGUUCAUGCAGCACUUCCGACCCAGACACUCCAGGGAGGAUCUCUCUCCGAAUAUCCGAGUCAGCCCUGCAGGCUUCCCCACCACCCCGGGCUGACUAUGAUGAUGAAGUAUUUGUGAAGGACUUGUAUCCCAAGGCUACAUCAAGCCCCACAUUUGAAGCUCUCCCCCCACCCCCACCUCCACCUCCUCCACCAAGCCAGGAAACCCCAGUGAACAGCUCAGAUGACUUCCCUCCACCCCCUCCACAAGCCCUAUAUGAGGCACCACUGGACAUGGAGGCACACAGGGAACCCAGCAACAGCAGAUUUUCCAAUAAGACCGUUACAAGGGAAGGAUGCAUGCCUGGUGCAGCCCAUUUGGUGGGUAGUCAGGUAAUUGCUUCCAUACCACCCCAAACUUUGGCCAGAGGUUCAGAAGGCAGUGAAUCUUCCCCAGUUCUCAACAUGAGUAUUCAACCUCAACUCACUGGGCAUCUUGGCAAGCAGCCAUCUCCUAGCUGGACCCCAAAUCUCAUCUGUGAACCUGUCGGUGGAACUCAGAAUGUGGGAAAGUCAGUCAGUGCUGAGCCUCAGAAGGUCUCGGAAGACAUCAGAACAGUGACUCUUGCCAAGGAAAUUGUCCACCAGGACAGAUCUCUGGCAGACAUUUUGGAUCCAGACUCCAGAAUGAAAACAACGAUGGAUCUGAUGGAGGGAUUGUUCCCCCGAGAUGCUAGUGUGCUGAAGGGAAGCGAUGUAAAGAGGAAGGCUUUACAGAGAACUGUCAGGCACACAGGAUGUGAAGGCAAAAGGAGCGAUGACAAGGAAGCAGCAGCCAUACUGGUCAACUGCCCUACCUACUACAGUGUGUCUGCUGCCAAAGCAGAGCUUCUGAGCAAAAUUAAAGAUAUGCCAGAGGAGGUGAAUGACGAAGAGGAGCAGGUGGACGUCAAUGAAAAGAAGGCUGAGCUCAUUGGAAGCCUCACACACAAACUUGAGACUCUCCAGGAAGCAAAAGGGAGUCUUCUCAUGGACAUCAAGCUUAACAACGCCUUGGGAGAAGAGGUGGAGGCUUUGAUCAGUGAGCUCUGCAAGCCCAACGAGUUUGACAAAUACAGGAUGUUCAUAGGGGACUUGGACAAGGUGGUUAACCUGCUGCUCUCUCUUUCCGGACGCCUUGCCCGUGUGGAGAAUGUCCUUAGUGGCCUUGGUGAAGAUGCUACUAAUGAAGAAAGGGUAUCCUGGCCCACCGCCCUCCCUGUACUCACUGGGCAGCACGAGGAUGCCAGGGAGCUCAAGGACAACCUUGACCGCAGGGAGCGUGUGGUCCUGGACAUCCUGGCCAAUUACCUGUCGGCCGAGCAGCUCCAGGACUACCAGCACUUUGUGAAGAUGAAGUCCACACUCCUCAUCGAGCAGCGCAAGCUGGACGACAAGAUAAAGCUGGGCCAAGAGCAGGUCAAGUGUCUGCUGGAGUCUCUUCCCUCGGACUUCACACCCAAGGCCGGACCCCUCGCCCUGCCCCCAACCCUCACCAGCCACACCACUCCUGCUGGGGGCUCUUCAUUCAGUGGCGUUUUCCCCACGUUAACCUCUCCAAUCUAACCUCUUCUAAAAGGGCCAACCAAAAGAUCGCCACUUCUCUCAACACUAUUUAAUCUGAAAGAUGUUUCACUACAACCGCCAUUUGAACUGUGGACUAUUGGGGUUUCCUGGACAAAAGGAAGAAAACUACCCAGGAAGAAGCCUGUUUUUCCUUUCUUGCCUUGAGGAACGGGAGUGAUGCUGGGAACUUCCCACUACUUCGUAUUAUUGUUUUGUAGAGGAAGGAAAGUUAAUGGAGCUGAUGGGAGGGUGUUGGUCACAGUCUUAACAGGCUGAAGCAGCAGAGGUCAGUGUCUGUCCCCCUCAGGAAUGCGUUCACAGUGGCCUUCCGUGCUGUGGGCCACACCCUCACAGUAGGUGCAAGCACCGGUGAUGAAGGGUCUGUGGCACAAAGCCUUAAAAAAGACACACGUUACGCAAACUGUAAAACCUUGAGCAUUUUGUUAUUUAUAUUUUUAAAAUGAAAAGGAUCAUUAUGUUUGUGUGCUAACCACUUAUUUGAUUCUAUUUUGUGGUGGAUGUAGACAGUUAUGUUUGAGCUUUGUAUUUUGUGAAAACCUUAAUGAAGAAUUCCAAAGAGA